AUGCAUGGCGUAUUCAGCGGCGAUUUCCGCGGUUUUACAGAUGCAGGAGCAGGGUAUAGAGACGGCGCGCUGCCCUUUGAGGCUGCACUGCACGUGCGCUGCGCGCAGAGGCUUCGGCCUCACUCGCAUCCCUGUUACAAGGGCAGGGCCUCAGGUCGUGCAAUUCACAAGCUAUUGCGUUCGAUCCGACGGACAAGCCGGUGGGUGCUUCUGCUUCGUGCUUUCGAGCGAAAAGGUACGAACAUCAAGUACGAUGCAGAUAAUGCGGUGUGCUUGGGCGGGAGCUGGAUGCGCAUCUGGCCGCAUGAUUGUUCCAGCAUUUGGUCCUCGUAUGAUCAGGUACGCCGUUCCGUCCCUCCGCAGGUGCCUCCAGCGCCUGGCGUCCGCAUGUCCCGCGUGCAAAUCCAGCAGCAUGUGCUUCCAAACUACUUGUAG